AUGCACAUAAAGGCGUGUUUCUUGAUAUUUUUUAUAUCUCCCAUCUGCGCGAAUUAUGGCUUGGACGAUUAUUACAAUAUGAUUGUCAAUAAUAUUACUUACUGGCAACGAUAUGUUUUGCCGCAAGAUAAUAGCGAAUUGGUCAACGUAACCGAUUCUACACUUUACGAUUAUGGAACAUACGAUUUCAUAAUAGUCGGGGGAGGUUCGGCAGGGGCAGUUUUGGCGAAUCGCCUGUCGGAAAUAAACCAAUGGAACGUCUUGCUGUUAGAGGCUGGUGGAAACGACAGCGAUUUCAGUAUUAUUCCAGCCAUGAUGAACUAUUUGUGGAACUCUGAAAUGAACUGGGCAUACUCCACCACUCCUCAGAGUAACCUGUGCCUAGGAUUUGGCACUGGGAAUCGUUGUCCACAUCCUGCGGGAAAGGUAAUAGGCGGUUCAAGCUCCAUUAAUGGUAUGAUAUAUAAUAGAGGCAACCCUCUAAACUUCGAUCGAUGGGCAGAACUCGGCAAUCCGGGCUGGUCUUAUGAAGAAGUACUGCCGUACUUUAAAAAAUCCGAGAAUGUGGCGUUUGGACCGGGGAAGGACAGGUUCCACGGAGUCGGAGGUCCGUUGGCUGUUGACAUCACUUCAAAGACACCUGAAUUGCAGCCAGCACUUUUUGAAGCGUUCGCCGAACUAGGAGUACAAGAAAUCGAUUACAAUGGUAAACGACAAAUAGGCGUAGGUACAACUCAGUACACUCUGAAUUAUAACCAAAGAGCCAGCACCGCCAGAGCUUUCCUAGAUCCCGUACUGCAUCGGACUAACCUAGCGGUCAGCUUGCGGAGUUUCGUAACUAAACUCCACAUUAACAAGUUUUCCAAGAGGGCGUACGGAGUGGAGUUUGUUAAAAGUGGAAAGCGUUUUAUUAGUAAGGCAAGCAAAGAGGUUAUUCUAUCAGCUGGCGUUAUCGGUUCCCCGCAGAUUUUGAUGUUAUCUGGAAUCGGACCAAAGGAUCAUUUGAAAGAAUUGGGAAUUAAUGUCGUCAAAAACUUACCGGUUGGAAAAUCACUUCAGGACCAGGUUAUAUAUAGCGUCUUAAAGUUCAAAACAAAUCGGACCUUUUUCAACGUAUCCUUCGAAGAGCAAUUGAAACUUUACUUAAAAAACAAACGGCCGCUGACGGGUUUUUCUGAUAUCCUGGCUUUCGUCAACCCGGAAGAGACAACUCCCACACUGCCAGAAAUCGAGAUCAUUUUGGGUGUAACAGCGCCGACAUUGAACGACAGCAUUUCGCCCGAUCUAGAAGCCUUGCACGAUAUUAACAUUAUCGUAUGCCUAUUGAACCCUGUUUCGCAAGGGACAUUGAGGUUGAAAUCGAACAGCCCCAUCGAUCGACCACUGAUCGAUCCAAAUUAUUUAAGCGACCCCAACGGACGAGACGUUAAUACUCUUUUGAAAGGGGUUAAGUAUAUACUUAGACUUAACGAAACUAAGACGUUUCAGGAGUAUCGGGCUUGGGUCGAACACCCGCCAGCCGAGCCAUGCGAUGGGCAAUUCGAGCAAUUCUCUGACGAUUGGUGGUACUGUGCCAUCAAGUACUUCGGCUCUUCGACAUAUCAUUCCAUAGGCACGACCCGUAUGGGAAAUUCUACCGAUACUUCGGUAGUGGACUGUAGACUGCGAGUCCAUGGAGUUGAGAACCUGAGGGUCGUGGACGCAGGAGUGAUGCCGAUCAUGAUUUCAGGGCACACGAACGCUCCUACAAUAAUGAUCGCAGAAAAAGCCGCCGAUUUUAUAAAACAAGAGUACAAAAUACAUAUUUCAUGAUCUGUGCACCCGAAUGGUGCAAUUUUUAAAAGCUUUACAUUUGACAUUCGAGGACGACACAUUAUUCCUUUUAUUAAAAUUGCGUUACUUAUUAGUUUUACUUUCGACUCAUAUACCUUCUAGAUUCCAUAGA